AUGCCUUUGGACACUGCUUUGACAAGAAAGUUAGGAAUUUCGAGUGAAGUUCACCAAUACCCCUCCAUAUUUCUUUGGCUGAUAUUCAAGACAGUUCCGGUUGUGCAAGGAGGGUUGCAAUGGGUUGCGUAUGCCGAACUCGCUGCCGCAGUGAGCAACGCUGGUGGAUUGGGAAUCAUCAAUGCUCUGACGCAGCCUGAUCCGGAGUCCCUGCGAGCGGAGAUCAAGAAAACAAGAACUUUGACAAAGAAUCCGGUAGGAUUUCCCCCGUGUGAAACUCAACGCAAGCUUAUUGUCGGCCAGUUUGGGGUCAACAUCACCCUCUUACCAGCGCUGAAAGUCCCCGACUACGGCGCCUUCACCAGAGUCAUCAUCGAAGAAGGCGUAAAAAUCGUGGAGACAGCAGGAAACAACCCCAAACCCGUAAUCUUGGCAUUAAAAAAAGCAGGCAUCAUCGUGAUCCACAAAGCCACAACCAUCAAGCAUGCUCGCUCCGCCAUCAAAAUGGGAGUAGAUAUUUUAUCCAUCGACGGAUUUGAAUGUGCAGGUCAUGUGGGAGAGACGGAUAUCACUUCCCUCAUUCUUUUGAGUCGAGCACGGCAAGAAUUUGGGGACGUGCCGUUUAUUGCUUCGGGAGGCUUUGCGGAUGGGCAGGGCCUGGCUGCUGCGCUGUCUCUUGGGGCAGCAGGCAUCAACAUGGGCACGAGAUUUGUUUGCACGAUUGAGGCGCCGGUGCAUAUUAAUGUGAAGAAGGCGAUUGUGGACUCCGGUGAAGAGGAUUCAACGCUGCUGUUGAGGAGGUGGACGAACACUACGAGACUUUUCUCUAAUGAUGUUACGGCUGCGGCGCUCAGGAUUGAGAGGGAAAGUGCGAUCGGGGAUUUUAAGGAGGUGGCUCCUUUGGUUAGUGGUGCGAGGGGUCGGGAGGUCCUAAUUGAAGGGGAUAUAAAUCGAGGGGUAAGAAAGCCACUUAAAAUGUGGAAAGUUUGCUAA